GCUUCCCCUCACAUACAACUCACAAUAAGGCCUCUCUCUACGGUGAAAGAGGGUGAGAAGAGGAGUUAAUUUUCCGGUGUUGGAAGGUGCAACUAAUAAAGGUACAUUUGGGUCCUUCAAGCACAUGGAUACAGCAACGGCUUUAAUGGUGCUAUCAGCAAUAGCAGCCUAUUUAAUAUGGUUCUCAAUCAUCACUCGUUCACUCAAAGGUCCACGUGUCUGGCCCCUAUUGGGUAGCCUCCCGGGUCUCAUCCAGCACGCUAAUCGCAUGCACGACUGGAUCGCUGACAACCUCCGCGCGUGUGGAGGCACGUACCAAACCUGCAUCUGCGCCAUACCCUUCCUCGCCAGGAAAGAAUGUCUCGUGACCGUCACGUGCGACCCCAAGAAUCUCGAGCACAUCCUCAAGCUGCGCUUUGACAAUUACCCAAAAGGCCCCACGUGGCAGGCCGUGUUUCACGACUUGCUCGGCGAAGGAAUCUUCAACUCGGACGGAGACACGUGGCUGUUCCAGCGUAAGACAGCCGCACUGGAAUUCACCACACGAACCCUGCGCCAAGCCAUGGCGCGCUGGGUGAGCCGAGCCAUCAAGCACAGGUUCUGUCCAAUCUUAGCCGCGGCUCAGGAAGACAAUAAGCCAGUCGAUCUCCAAGACCUCCUGCUUCGGCUCACUUUCGACAACAUAUGCGGCCUGGCUUUCGGUAAGGACCCACAGACUCUCGCCGUGGGUCUUCCCGAGAACGGCUUCGCCGUGUCUUUUGACCGCGCCACCGAAGCCACACUACAGCGCUUCAUUUUGCCCGAAAUCGUGUGGAAAGUAAAGAAGUGGCUUGGGCUUGGAAUGGAAGUGAGCCUGUGCCAAAGCCUCGCACACAUCGACCACUACCUCUCCAACAUCAUCAACGACCGAAAACUUGAAUUGCAGAACAAACAACAGACUGGCAGUGGGGCCCUCCACGACGACUUGCUCUCACGAUUCAUGAAGAAAAAAGAAUCCUACUCGGACGAGUUCCUCCAACACGUGGCACUCAACUUCAUACUCGCUGGACGGGACACGUCAUCAGUGGCGCUUAGCUGGUUCUUCUGGCUCUGCACCCAAAACCCUAGGGUGGAGGAAAAAAUCCUGAUCGAGCUCUGCACCGUUCUCAAGGAGACACGUGGCGAUGAUGUCUCCAAGUGGAUGGAGGAGCCUCUGGUUUUCGAGGAGGUUGAUCGCUUGGUGUACCUCAGGGCGGCGCUGUCGGAGACGCUUCGGCUUUACCCGUCGGUGCCGGAGGACUCCAAGCACGUGGUGAACGACGACGUUUUGCCAAGCGGGACUUUCGUUCCGGCGGGUUCGUCUGUGACGUAUUCCAUUUACUCGGUUGGGAGGAUGAAGUUCAUUUGGGGCGAGGACUGCCUUGAGUUCAAGCCGGAGCGGUGGCUCUCCGCCGACGGCGACAGGAUUCAGCUGCAAGAUUCUUACAAGUUUGUUGCGUUCAAUGCGGGACCCAGGAUUUGCUUGGGAAAGGACUUGGCCUAUCUGCAGAUGAAGUCCAUCGCCGCCGCGGUGCUGCUGCGCCACCGCCUCACGGUGGCUCCUGGACACCGUGUGGAGCAGAAGAUGUCGCUGACACUGUUCAUGAAGUACGGGCUGAGGGUGAAUGUGCACCCCAGGGAUCUCAGGCCGGUGAUGGAAAAGAUAACAAACAAGGGUGACUCCUGCCGUAAAGAAUCUCCAGUUAUAAUGGCAUAAAUGAAGCUUGCUCAAAAGGGGUUUUUUUGAUUUACGCAAAAUUUGCGUAAUAUAAAAUUAAUCACAUGAUGGUGUGUAGUUAAAUAAUUAUAAAUCAUAAAAAUGAUUAUGUAUUACAUAAAGUUUAUAUAGUUAUUUAAUAUUAAAUGAUGGUGUGUCAUUUCUUUUAUUUUAAUUUACACAUUUUGUAUAAAUAGAAUUUACUCUAAAAUUUCUUAUUUGAUAUUAUGUAUACUAUAUAUUCUCUUGAAGUUAAAUAAAUAGUAAUGCUGGAGAUUAUCUUUGUGCUGAAAUUUUUCAUGACGGUGCCUUCGUAAGUAAGUACUACGGCAACUGUUUGGUGCUACCAAUAAAGGCUUUCCUGGCUAUAUGUAUAGUUUUGUAAUUUGGGUUUCUUUUUUUUUUCUUUUUCUGUUUUGGAUGACUGUAAUUUGG